GUGUCUUGCACAAAGAUGGAUGAUGUUAUUGAUUUAUACAUAGUUCCACUCCUCAUGAAGUACAUCAAUCGCUGGACAAGCAAAGAGGAUAUUCCAAAAGCACGGCCGUUGGGCUGUGAGACGAAUCGAACAAAACCCACUCCUAAAGGCGUGGAUCUAAACGACCGGGAUUCGUAUGAUGUGGUAAUCGAGGUGGGAAUGAAAGAUGGUAAACCAUAUACCAAGGACGCUUACAGAAUUGACCGAGCUUCAGGCCUUGGAUACAAUCUAUCUAAAGAGGACAUGUGCCCCUCCUCUAUGUUUGUGAAGAGAGCCCACUGUCCUGAUAGGGUAGCUUUCCCCAAAGACGUUUAUUUUACACAGGCUAAAAUUGAAAAGAAUACAGACUAUACCUAUGAAAUGGAGAGGCGGGCUAAAUGUCCCAGAACACUGGAUGAAUACUACAGUUACAAUACUGAGUCAAGGCGGGGACGUGAGUGCUACCUUCACCCCGAUGAAGACAAAGAGACAGCGACUGUGUCUAAUGGAAAGUGCUGUUGUACCGAGGACGAUCACAGAAGACGAGAGGCGUGGAAUCAUUACCAAAUGGAUUAUAUGGGAAGGGACGCAUCCGAUAACAUCAUCCAGAAAAUCGUCAAUACAAUCAACACUCGCCAGUACCAUCCUCAUACCCGCAAAUAUGACCCACGUUUUUUGGAAACCUUCGUAGGACACCAUCCGUACCAUUACCCCUCCGCUGAACCGCCUCCCCCAACUUUCCGGAUCAGAAAAAUAAUUGAAUAAAACAAUUUUUCUGUCAGAAUCAAGAAUUCGUCUGGUAAAAGUGCACCCUCUCAUAUGGAGAGAGAGGAUAUCAGUUCAAUAGAUUGACUGUUUCUACCAGAUGGUUAGGCACAGAGGAAAACGGGCAACAAACUUUAAAGGAAAAGGAACAUAGCAGAUACGCAAUACUUGAUCAGGGUCUAUUUUUGGAUAUCUUCAAAAUCAUAAAAGCAUUGUCACAAUUGAAUGAAAACUUAGUUCUCCGCCUUAAUGU